GUAUUGAUACUUCUACUCUAUAUUGUGCUACUAUUCUUCAAAAACUCCGUGAUUUUCUACAAAGAUUUCGAACACUGCUGGCUUUCUCUCGCGGCAUAGAAGAAUCAACAGUAUAUGGCGACGUUGGAUUCCGAUGUGCCGAUGGUUCCCGUCGGAGAGUCAUCGAGCAACGUUGCAUCAUCAUCAUCCUCGUCCUCAAAAAAGCCAAAAUGCUUCGAGAUUAAAAAAUGGAACGCUGUUGCUCUUUGGGCAUGGGAUAUUGUUGUUGAUAAUUGUGCUAUUUGCCGUAACCACAUUAUGGAUCUUUGCAUUGAGUGCCAAGCGAACCAGGCUAGUGCCACCAGUGAAGAAUGCACUGUUGCUUGGGGUGUUUGUAACCAUGCAUUUCAUUUUCACUGCAUCAGCCGGUGGCUCAAGACUCGUCAAGUGUGUCCGUUGGAUAAUAGUGAAUGGGAGUUCCAGAAGUAUGGGCAUUAGAAAGCGGGGCAUCUUCUUUAUCUUCACAUUCCAAUGAUGCUUGGGAGAUAUGAAUUCUGCUUUCUCCUUCCAUAUGAAUUGUUGGUUCCCCUUAUGCUUAUAUUUUUCAGAACUAAAGUAGCUGUAUCCAUUAGGAUUCAAAAUUUGGUACAUGAUUGAAAUCUAUCUGACAAGUUUAUCA